AUUCUAACCAUCAAGAUUCCGACAUGUUAGCAUACUUCAUUCCAAGUUCUCUGUUAACACCUUUUGGCUCGUCCUAUAAAUAUAUCCUUUAAACCCUCUCUUGUUACUUGUCCUCGACAAAACAAAACCCUCUGAACAUCUGAUGGCUUCCAUGGGGUGUUUGGGUAUACGAAACUCCAUUUUGCCAGCCGCUGUGGCGCUUACGGAUAUGUCUGGUCGAAUAAACCAAAGGGUUACUCUGAAGCGCAAUGUUCGGGGCUUGACAGUCACGAAUGUUGCAACUCCGUCGCCGGCAAUCGCUCCAUCACGGGAAACAGAAAGUGUGGUCAAUCGGAAUCAUGUUGCAUGGACAAGUGUGAGGCAGGAGAGCUGGGAAGGAGAGUUGAUUGUAGAAGGAGAAAUACCAUUGUGGCUGAGGGGAACGUACCUAAGAAAUGGUCCAGGCUUGUGGGGCAUUGGGAACUACGAGUUCCGUCACCUCUUUGACGGUUACGCCACCCUAGUGAAGCUCCGCUUUGAGAAUGGCCGAUUAGUGGCUGGGCACCGUCAAAUCGAAUCAGAAGCGUACAAGGCGGCAAAGAAGAACAAAAGAUUAUGUUACCGUGAGUUCUCUGAGGUUCCUAAGGCGGAAAAUUUCCUAGCAUAUGUUGGAGAGCUUGCAAGCUUGUUCUCCGGUGCGUCACUAACCGAUAAUGCUAACACUGGGGUGGUCAAGCUGGGUGAUGGCCGUGUGGUUUGCCUAACGGAGACACAAAAAGGCUCAAUAGUGAUCGAUCCGGACACAUUGGACACAAAAGGGAAAUUUGAGUAUAGUGACACAUUAGGUGGUCUAAUACACUCUGCGCACCCUAUUGUGACGGAUAAGGAGUUCUUGACUUUGUUGCCGGACUUGGUGAAUCCGGGAUACUUGGCGGUGAGGAUGAAGCCGGGGACGAAUGAGCGGAAGGUUAUCGGGCGGGUGAAUUGCCGGAAUGGCCCAGCACCGGGCUGGGUCCAUUCUUUUCCAGUGACUGAGCACUAUAUUGUUGUGCCUGAGAUGCCCCUAAGGUAUUGUGCCCAAAAUUUGCUCAAGGCUGAGCCCACACCCCUAUACAAGUUUGAAUGGCACCCUGAUUCUAAAGCGUUCGUGCAUGUCAUGUGUAAGGCCAGUGGCAAAAUUGUGGCCAGCGUGGAAGUGCCUUUAUUCGUUACAUUCCACUUCAUCAAUGCUUACGAAGCGGAAGACAAAGAUGGGAGAGUCACAGCAAUUGUUGCCGAUUGUUGUGAACACAAUGCAGACACAACGAUUCUGGAGAAGCUCAGAUUGCAAAAUCUCCGAUCAUUCAGUGGGGAAGAUGUAUUACCAGAUGCUAGGGUCGGACGGUUCAUUAUACCCUUGAAUGGGAGUCCGUAUGGGAAGUUAGAGGCAGCACUGGACCCGGAUGAACAUGGGAGGGGCCUGGACAUGUGUAGCAUAAACCCUAACUAUCUGGGCCUCAAAUACAGAUAUGCUUUUGCUUGCGGAGCCCAUCGUCCAUGCAAUUUCCCCAACACCCUCAGUAAGCUUGAUUUAGUAGAGAAGAAGGCGAAGAACUGGUACGAGGAGGGUGCUGUGCCCUCAGAACCCUUCUUUGUGCCUCGGCCAGGGGCAACACAGGAAGACGAUGGUGUUGUGAUCUCCAUGAUUAGUCAGAAAACUGGAAGCGGAUAUGCAUUAUUGUUAGAUGGAUCUAGCUUCAAAGAAAUUGCCAGAGCAGAGUUCCCAUAUGGCCUUCCCUAUGGGUUGCAUGGAUGCUGGGUGCCAAAAAAGUGAAAAUGUUAAGAGCUCCAGGAUCAUUCCUUCAUCCUAGUUACUAUAAGUGUUGUCUCCAUUUAAACUACUCCAAAAAUGAAUCUAUGUGGUCCAUUCUGGCUCACGGAUGCAUAAUAUUAUAACUAGUGUCCCGAUUGUAUGCUUAUAGCUAGUGGUUACCGGUUAGGUUGGUGUCCUAAUUAUAGUAUUUGAAGGAUGCUUGAAAUCUCAGGGAUCAAGCCUUGUAUUACUUGAAGUAAUUUAAUCAUGUAAAUUGUGUUUUGUUUGUAAAACUAGAUCUUGGUUAGGAUUUUAAACUUGUGUAAAUAGUAAAGUUGUUAUCUACCAGCCAAACUUUUGGCAAAAGCAUGGUUUGUAAGGAAA